AACCACCUCUUGCUCCUCGGCUACAUUCCUUUGAAAAACAAUAACCACUUCGGAUUUGUGAUUUCCAAAACCUCCAUCGUAUCAACGGCGCAAGUCCGCACUGGCUACUUUCUCAGGCCUAUCGAACCAACGCCCACCAACCCAUCAUUUCAACUGCGCCGUCUUGGUCGUACAGAUUGCCUGCAACUCCACUCGGCAACCCCGUUCAUCCCUCUUCUCAAUCUCCGGGGCUUUUAGGUUCCUACAACACCUUCAUAUCCGCAAUGGAGAUUGAUUCCGCAAACCCCCAAUUCGACUGGGUCAACGACACCUACAUGGCUUUGGCCGACCCCGCAACUACCUCACACGAGAAAUGGGCCGCCAUGUCACAGCCACAGGAUUCUAUGCCCCCUUCUGCAUUUACCUUUCCCUCCACUCUGCUCUCGGAAUCCUCAAUAGAGCGCUUUGGCCAGAUCACCCCACCCGCAGACAUCGCACCCACGGACCCAGAGAAUCGGAAGUCCGACCGCCAAAACUCCAUUCCUGUGGACGAACUUCACGACGAACUCUCCUGGCCGGCUGACCAGCAAAUGCAAGCGUUGGCCAACUACCAACCGGAACAGAAGGAAGAGGAGCAAUGCCCGCCCAGCUCACUCCCUACACCACCGGGACAGUCACCUCCACAACGCGCUUCCAAGCGCCGACGGACAGCCAAGCAGCCCUCUACUGACCAGUCACUUCCACAGGCCGUUUCCCAGUCAGUGACGGAUGGCAACCCGCAGCCCGCGAAGCGCAAACGCGGCCGGCCCAAGUCACAGCCUCAGGUCGCUUAUACCGCCGAGGGGUAUCCAUUCGAGGUCUCGUCGGCUCGGCAAUCCCACCUCGAGAAGAACCGAGUCGCAGCCCAUAAAUGCCGUCAGCGCAAGAAGGAAUAUAUCAAUGGCCUCGAAGGGCGCGCUCGCGAGUUCUCCUGCAAGAACAAGGCUCUGAAGGAUAACGUUGCCAUGCUCCGUGAGGAAGUUCUCACUCUCAAGAAUGAAGUUUUGCGUCAUGCCGGCUGUGGCUUCUGGGCCGUUGACGAGUAUCUUGCGAGAUGUGCAGGAGAUCUCCUGGGCAUGGACCCCCUCUCACGAAGCGAAGCUGCGUCGCGCCGAGAAUCGCAGAAUAUCAGCCCGGUACUGAGUACAAUGAAUACGUCCGGAUUCGACCGCGAAAACAGCAUCAACUCUCUACCGAGUCCGCACAUGGACUCAAACGACGAUUUCACUGGAUUCGACUUUCUGGAGGACAUCGAUGAAGAUGUAGAGGACCAACCGACAUAAAUCAUCUUGAUUGUCACGAACAGCCAUUGUGGUAGCGGCACCAGUAUGGCUUUCUUUCUGAC